UCUUUAACCUUCAGCAUUAUAUUCUCAUAUAUUUUCUCCUCGUUGAUAAACCCUCCCUACUGCCCUCCGCCGGACCGCCACCGCGAAUCCGCCUCUCCUUGUCAACACCUGGCAGCAUCUUCCGGCGAGCUCCGGUAUGGAUGCUGAGGAGGAAAUUCCUGCUUCAACUGCAGAACCUUCGACUCUAGUUGGUGAUAAUUCGACUGUGGUUAAUGCUAUAGGAGCGAUUAACCUUCAACCAGUUCCACCUGUCGCUCCACCGGUUGCUCCAACAGUUAUCCUUCCUCCAGUUGUGCCUGCAAUUGCUCCAAGGCCCGCAGUCCCUACCCCCAUUCCUCCCCCAUUAGCUCCAUUGCCUGUUCGUCCACCUGUCCUUAGGCCUCCAGUAGCACAGAAUGGAGAAGUGCAAGCGAGCGAUUCAGAUUCUGAUGAAGAAAUGGGAUCUGAUCGUGGUACGGGGGGCUCAGUCCAAGAAUAUGAGAUAUCUGAGGAGAGCAGAAUAGUAAGGGAGAGGCAGGAGAAAGCCAUGCAGGAGCUUCUGAUGAAGCGACGUGCAGCUGCGCUAGCUGUUCCUACAAAUGAUAUGGCAGUUCGAGCUCGCCUUCGGAGGCUUGGUGAGCCUAUAACUCUCUUUGGCGAAAGGGAGAUGGAAAGAAGGGACCGUCUGCGGACGCUUAUGGCGAGGCUUGAUGCAGAAGGACAGCUGGAAAAGCUGAUGAAAGCGCAUGAGGAUGAAGAAGCUGCAGCUUCUGCUGCACCAGCAGAGGAGGAGGAUAUUCAGUACCCCUUCUACACUGAAGGAUCAAAAGCACUUUUAGAUGCUAGGGUAGAAAUUGCAAAGUAUUCUUUAGUUAAGUCAGCCUUACGUGUCCACCGCGCAAGGAGGAAAAGGGACGAUCCAGAUGAAGAUGUGGAUGCAGAGGUUGAUUGGGCUUUAAAGCAAGCAGGGAGCCUCGCCCUUGAUUGCAGUGAAAUUGGAGACGAUCGACCCCUUUGGGGAUGCUCGCUUUCACAUGACGGAAAGAUGCUUGCUACCUGUUCUCUGAGUGGAAUUGCAAAGUUAUGGAGUAUGCCUCAAGUGCAAAAGCUUUCCACUCUAAAGGGUCACACUGAACGAGCUACUGAUGUUGUGUUCUCUCCAACAAGCAAUUAUUUAGCUACUGCAUCUGCUGAUAGGACUGCAAAGUUAUGGAACUCGGAAGGGUCUCUUCUCAGGACGUUUGAGGGACAUUUGGACCGUGUAGCUCGGAUUGCCUUCCAUCCUUGUGGGAAGUACUUGGGCACAGCUAGCUUUGACAAAACUUGGAGAUUAUGGGAUGUAGAAAGUGGUGAAGAGUUGCUUUUGCAAGAAGGUCACAGUAGGAGUGUGUAUGGAUUGUCGUUUCACCAUGAUGGUUCAUUGGUGGCAUCAUGUGGGCUGGAUGCACUUGUUCGAGUGUGGGAUUUAAGGAGUGGACGAAGUAUUCUUGCUCUGGAAGGUCAUGUAAAACCGGUUCUUGGUGUCAGCUUUUCUCCCAAUGGUUAUCAUUUGGCAAGUGGUGGUGAAGAUAAUACAUGCCGUAUUUGGGACUUAAGGCAGAGAAAAUCUUUGUACAUAAUUCCUGCUCACUCCAAUCUUAUUUCUCAAGUUAAAUUUGAACCUCAGGAGGGAUACUUUUUGGUUACAGCGUCCUAUGAUACGACGGCUAAGGUAUGGUCAUCAAGGGAUUUCAAACCUGUGAAGACACUAUCUGGUCAUGAAGCAAAAGUCACGUCAUUGGAUGUAGCGGGAGAUGGGCAACACAUUGUCACUGUAUCUCAUGAUCGAACAAUCAAGCUAUGGUCAGGCAAAAACAUUGAGAAGGAAGAGAAAAUGGAUACCGACUAGAUUUUCACCUGGCUAAGUUUGAGAGAGUAUCAUUUCGGAUCAUCAGGAAGAGAUUUGAGUAUGUUAGUUUUAAGUUUAUAGAAUCUCUGUAGAAAAUUGAAGUGUAAGGCCUUUGAUCAUCCUGUAAUUUGAGAAGUUCUCGACUUCUCGUCAACUAAUGAAGUAAUGGCAUCCUCUACUGUUCAAGCUUGUACUACAAAUAGUUAUACACAAGUUUUACUGUUUCCUAGCAAAAACAAAUAUCGUGAGUUUGUUUCUUUCUGUCUA